CAUCGAUAGUUCGAGUAUAAAGUGUUGUGAUCACCCAGGCCAACGCCAUCGACUGCAACAGCACCGUGAAACUCGCCGCGCAAUACCCCACCCCACUACCAAUACCCUUCGACCAACCACAGCCAACGGAUUAGCAGACGGAAGCAACCAUGGACGUCGCGUCGGGUCCAUCGCCAACGACAAACAGCACAAACCGCUCCCCCGCGCCCUUCCGCUUCCCAUCGACCUCGCUCCUCUUCACCGACACGAUUCUCCUCUUCCGCAACUUCGCCUACCUCCCCUACAUCAUCUUCCCUUUGAACACGUCCAACCCUCGCGGCGAGUUGUACCUCUGGUCGCCGGGGAACAUCUUCACUCUACUAGUCCACGUCAUUUUCGUCGCCGUCGGCAUUUUGGGGUUCGGAUUGAUACCACUAUGGUUGCAGUGGCCUGGCGCGAUGUGGUUGCUGUUUGCGGCGGGGUAUGGCGCGGUUGUGUGGGCGCUCGCAUGGAUACUUAACCAAGCGCCCGAGGGCGAGCUGAUCGAGAGCCAGCCCACGAUCGACGAGGUGCCCGGCGAGAAGUGGGUUUUCGUAAACGGCGUUAUGGCGGGGAGGUGGUGGGCGCAGAGCGCAAUCGAUGAGCUUCAGCGACGGUUCGGGCGGCCCAUAGACGCGAUUCACAACCGCACAUACGGCGUGGUGCUGGAUAUCUUUCAGUGCCUUAUUCAGCGCGACCUGGGACUCACCAGCGGCUGCGUCAGAAACACGUACAAGCAACUUCGGACCAAUCUCCUAAUGCGAGAUCCCAAGAACCGGGAGGAAUGGAGGUACAAGAAGGUCGUGGUCAUUGCGCAUAGUCAGGGAGCGUUGGUAACGUCGUUGGCAUUGGACAUGCUGUAUGCGGACGUGGCGGACGAAGUACUGCAGCGCCUUGAGGUCUACACCUUCGGUUGUGCAGCCAAUCACUUCAAUAACCCGCCAAACACGUACACGCCCAAGUCGGGUGGUAAGGCCAUUCGCUUCCCGACGAUCAAACACAUCGAGCACUACGGCAACGAAUACGACUUCGUCAGUCGCUUUGGCGUCCUCGCCUAUCAUCCAGGGCCGCGCGCCCGUCAAGACAACACGGAAGCUGACUUCCUCGAAUGGUCCCUCAGCGGCCGCCCACACGUCGCAGACGAUGCCUACCAUGGCUCGGGUAUGGAAGACAACCAGUUCGCGGGAAAACUGUUUAUGCGUCCUGGAAAAGGCGGACACCAGUUCGUGAUGCAUUAUCUGGACGAGAUGUUCAACGUCGGCGAAGAGGGGAAGCCCGUGUUUGUGCCCGUCAAUGCGACUGAGGAUGCCGCCGAUGGCAGGAGCGAUGCGAAAGGUGUACUCAUCGACGCGGGCCAGGAGGGAGUGAUCAAGAAGACGGAUUUGGAGGAAACUUCGAGGUUGUGGAGUUACCGCGGUGGCACGGUGCUGAAAGAUUGAACGAGUAGGCAGUGAUCUGUGCAUGAUGUCAAGUAUGAUACCCUGGAUUAUGGAGACGGCGGUUUUGGAGAUGCAACUAGAUUUCAUUGUUUCAAGAUGAGCUGGAGCGCACGGUUGUUGUCGUCUAGAUUUUAUUAUGUAACGCCUUGAAAGUGCUGACGAGCCGGAGAAUAAGCCGCUUGAGGGCAUGUGCAUUGCCCCGAUGGUUUCGUCUGCCGAUGACAACAUGACACGUGCAAGAAGCCAUUGCACGUGAGUCGGUUUCCAGCCG